GAUACUCAUCUGGAUCGAGAUCGAGAUUGAUGCGAGAAGGGUGCUGUGUGCGACAAUGAGGUAGUGUCUUUUGCGGUCAAAACAAACAAAAGAGCAGUGUGCGUGUCAGUGUGCAGUGGCCACGCAGAAAAUGCCCCACAACGAGUAACCCUGCCGCACGUGGACAACGGAUCCAAAACGGUGCCAGGUCGCCACCGAACGGUUCCGUUAGAGUGAGAAGAGAUCGAGUUCGGGUAUCUGUUCAGUGGAAGGUAUCCAAAGUGAGCUGCGAAUUACGUGUUCGGAACCGUCCAGUGUUGAAUUAGUGGCUAGAAACCAGGAAUGGCCCGGGCAGCGAGCCGCCUGUCGGUGGUCAGUGUGUUGGUGCUUUUGAUGCCCGUGGCCAUGUGCAUGGUGUUGAUAGACAGCCGUGACUACGACGUGGAUAGAUUGUGUAAGUCUGCGGCCGGACUGGAUGACUCGACCACGGCUUCGCUGUACUCCAGCACAACUCCACUCCAGAACAACACGACUACCCUAGCGGCACUCCCGAUACAUCUGACGCUCAACGAAAGAAUCGAACUAGAGAAGCUCACCUGGCACUGGUAUCCGUGGCGCCGGAUCAACUAUGAGGUGCUGCCCGACGGACGCACCGAGGAACUCGAGUGCGAAGAGAAUUCCGCGAUGGACGAUCUGCCCGAUGACAUCUUUACGCAGGAACAACGGCUACAGGGCGCAAUCGUGCUGCACUUUGUCGGUUCCAUCUACUUCUUCACCCUAGUCGCUUACGUUUGCGGUGAGUACUUCCUGCCGUCGGUCGAGUGUAUCUGCGAGGAUCUAAAUCUAACGCAGGACGUUGCGGCUGCCACGUUUAUGGCGAUUGCAUCCACGAUGCCGGAGUUUUUCACCAACACUAUCAGCACGUUCAUUGCCGACUCGGACAUGGGCCUCGGUACGGUGAUGGGCUCGCUACUCUUCAACACGCUCGGGGUGGCCGGGUUGGCUGGCAUAGCGACAAAAAUGCCCGUUCAGCUGGACUGGUGGCCCCUGACGCGCGACGCCUUCAUAUUCAUGGCCCACAUCGGGCUGCUAAUCGGGUUCGCCUGGGAUGGGCGGAUCUACUGGUACGAGGCGAUGGUGUUCUUCAUCCUGUUCUUCCUCUACUUCGUGCUGAUGUUCCAGAACAAGCGGCUGAUGAAGCUGGCCAAGAAGUAUAUCGAAGUCAGGUGGAACCUGUGCGCUCGCGUGAUUCGUAACAUCGAGGAAGACGAGCGAAUCGCGGCAGAGGCGCAACGGCAACCGGAACUGCCGACCGUUUCGAACCUGCCGCGCAAGACGCUCGACAAGCCGGCCUUCCGGCCGUCGACGGCGUCGAUCCUGUCCGAGCAGAUGGCGGAAACCAAGAUGCGGAUGGGUGAACUGCAGAUUCCCACUCGGCACGUGGUGGAAGAUACGGGCGAGUACGAAAGCAUGACGCUCUGGAAGAUCUCGUCGGAAACGUGGUACCGGGCCGCGUGGUGGUGGUACAGCUGGCCGUUACGAUUCGUUACGCACUUCACAAUCCCCAAUCCGGCCGUGACACGCCGUUGGUACCCGCUUACGUUCAUCAUGUGCGUGGUCUAUUUGGCGGGGUGCGCGUUCAUGACAUUCUGGCUGCUGACCAUUAUUGGGUACACCUUCGACAUUCCCGACUCCGUGAUGGGGCUGACGUUUCUGGCGUUCGGUGGCUGCAUGCCGGAAGCGGUCUCGGCCAUUCUGGUGAUCCGUACCGGCAGCGGUGCCAUGGGCAUCUCGAAUGCGAUGGGCGCCAACACGCUGGCGAUCGUGUUUUCGCUCGGGUUACCGUGGUUCAUUCGCACGCUGGCCGACGGUGGCAGCGGUGAAAACGCGUACAUGGUGAUCGCAUCCUACGGACUGCAGUACUCGAUCAUUGCGCUGCUCGGUGCAGUCAUUUUCCUUUACCUGGUGAUCUACAUUGCCAUGUACAAGCUUCGCAAGACCGUCGGCCUGAUACUCUUCGUUGGGUACGCGCUGUUCGUCACGUUCAUGGUGUUGAACGAGCUGGACGUUAUCAUUCCCUCCGGUGACGAGUGCUGACCGGCGCAUGUAUCUCUCGACCAGAUCAAUAUACUCCCAGCUAGGCUUCACUCUUCCAUCGUUCCCAUCUUGGUAGCGUCCAUUUAGUGGUUAAGUGUGUCCUGUUUAGAAAAGUGGUUUAGAACGUAAGUUAAACUGUCUAACAUGUCUUAAUGCGAGGCUAGUGGUUCACAGAACGCGCGCAAUUUAUGCUGCCGCCGUUGGUUUUCGUGGUUGUUAGUGACGUCAAAUCGGGUGCACUCGACAAACCUGUCAUUGUUGUGUUAGGUUUGGAUACAAACGAGUUCUAUACAUUGUGACCGUGUGACCUAGCGAUACUCAAGACUGGCUGCAGCGAUCACGCGUUAAGAACUAAUAUUUACACCGACGUUAGCUCGGCAGGGAUAAGUCUGUCAUAAAAGUGUAGUGUUCAAAACAAGUGCUGUGUGUGUUGCAGGGCAUCUAAAAAGCUAGCAAAAUAU